AUGAGCGUCCACAGCAGUUCCUCUCGGUCGAGCACGGACGACUCCCAUGUCGGUCUUCUUAAUGAAAAGCGGCCUCUAGACGACCAGGAAAGAACGUCUGGACUUGCUACUUGGUCCACGGUUGCCACACGGAAUGAGGUCGUCACCUCUCGGCCAUGUCUACCUCUACGCCAACUCGGCAGAAUCUUCAAACAUUCUUUGUACAUUCUACUUCCAACCUUCCUUCAACCUUAUCGCCACAAUGCUUUGGAAAAAUUUGAACCCCUACCACCGACGGCGUUUCUGGAUUCAUGCCGUGGAUUGGCAGCUUUCGUUGUGAUGCUCACUCACAUCUUAUACGGAACUUUCAAUAUCACUUACGCAUGGGGCGCAAAUCCGGAAUCAAGUUCAAGAUAUAGCGACCAACAAGCCAACAGAGAGUUUUUGCGCCUACCGAUAGUCCGCUUGCUCUACUCUGGCCCUCCGAUGGUCCAAAUAUUCUUCGUCAUCAGUGGCUAUGCACUCAGCUACAAACCACUCAAGCUGAUGCGAUCAGGACUUUCCGAGAAGCUCAUGACGACUAUGACCUCUUCAAUCUUUCGCCGUGGAAUGAGACUCUUCUUACCCUGCUUUGCGAGCACUUUCAUUGUGAUAUGCCUGGCCCAGCUCAACCUAUACAAAAUGACGGAAGACUUUGCAGAGAACAUGCGCGUUCUGCCCGAGGACCACUGCUAUACACAACCAAAUCUCUGGCUACAGUUCGUCGACUGGUUGCAGCAGAUGUUGAUCUUUGUCAAUGUUUUCGACUGGUCGUUGUACGCUGGAUCAGUCGAACUGGAUCGACACCUCUGGACCAUCCCUGUGGAGUUUCGAUGCAGCAUGGCUCUCUUCUUGACGCAGAUGGCGGUCGCCAGGAUGUCAACCAGGUUGCGAAUAUCGACAUUCACGCUGCUCAUCAUUUGGGGCGUCUCGUGGGGGAGAUGGGAUCUAUGUCCUUUCUUAGCUGGAGCAGUCAUUGCUGAGCUGGACAUUAUCUGGUCCUCAACGUCAGCUGACCUUCCUACCACGACUGUUCCAAAAACACCUCGACGGAGGAAUUUGGCAGCCAAUGUCAUUCACUGCAGCACACUCCUUGUCUCAUUAUUCCUGCUGUCAUAUCCUGAUGCCGCCGGACACGCAACGCCAGGUUAUGUCACCCUCACGAAACUCAUUCCUUCAGGUUUCACCGAGAUGCAUCGCUUCUGGCCGACUAUCGGCGCCAUUCUCAUCAUCUGGUCAUUGUCUCGCAUAGAUUUCUUACGCCGCGUGUUGUGCUGGAGUCCCUUGCAAUAUCUUGGCAAGAUCAGCUUUCCACUCUAUGUCAUGCAUGGCCCAAUUAUUCACACCUUUGGCUACUUGAUUCUUCCAAAAACACCUAAAGUUGAAACGCCAGAAAUAAUGCGCCAAUUCGAAUUUGAGUUCUUGAAGUCUUCAAUCCUCGUCGUCUUCACUGUAAUAUGGGCUGUAGACGUCUUCCUCAGGGUGGUGGACACACCGUGUGUUGCCUUGACGAAGAAGCUUGAGAGAAUGUUGUUUGUCACAUGAUUCUGGGGCACAUAUUACGAAUAGACGGAUGUUUCGUGUUGGUACACACGGCGGACACUGCGACGAAGUAACGACAUUCCUUUGGAUCGAUGACGAAUACGAUAUGAGCAUGAUGGAUACCCAGUAUAGUGGCUUUUUUGGUAACAAGUGUCAGACCUUGUCGCGUAUAUCAAUGCAAAUCUUAGUUCGAGACAUUCCCGCUGAAACAAGGUAUUCAUUUGUUUUUGGGGCGCUCCAGAGUCGAGGCCGCUGUUGACUCAUGUUGGUUCCUGGUGUUUUCCGCAUUUACAGCGUCGAAGAUCUUUCCGGGAUUCAUUAACCAAUGCGGAUCGAGACUUCUCUUCAACGUUUG